CCGUCUUGAGGGCAGGGACGCAGGCAUUUUUAUUUUUGAGAAUCGUUUUCUCGACGAAUCAUUCACUUAACACAACAGAUUUGUUUAAAACCACGUUCACAAAGUAACUGAUCCAAAAUAGCAUGAUCUGUCUUUGACUCAAUUUACAGACGUGUCGAUUUGGGGUCAGGAUGAGGCUCCGCCUGUUGGACUUCAGCUGACGCUUAAUGUUUAAAAUCUAUGCCAAAGUUGAACUGGGUGCUUUUCGCAAUGGGUAAUUCAAGUUGCCACAAUUCUAUGAGUAUCCCGCCAGGAAAAGGACCCCACCAAGUGGGAUGCACAGACCUGAUGGUGGGCCACACGGUACAUGAUACGUUCUUGAGACUCUACUAUCCGUGCCAAACAUCUGAGAAUCCUCAGCGGCCAGACUGGGUCCCGUGCAGAGAAUAUUUCAACGGCCUCGCAGACUUCAUGAAGAUGAACAGAACACUGAGUGAAAGAAUUUUCAACUACCUCUUUGGGUCUUGUAAAAUCCCAGCAGCCUGGAGUGCAUCAUUUAAACCAGAUGGGAAAUAUCCUGUCAUUAUCUUUUCUCAUGGACUGGGAGCUUUCAGGACAUUGUAUUCAGCCAUAUGUGUUGAAUUGGCGUCGCAGGGCUUCAUUGUUGCAGCCGUGGAGCACAGGGAUGAAUCUGCCUCUGCAACAUUUUACUUCAGAGAGCACACUGAGCCAGGAACAAAAAGGCAUCCGUCAUGUGACAUUGCCAAGCCUGUGUCUGAUAAUCUGGAGGAGGUUUGGAUGUACUACAGGCCGUUGAAACCAGGGGAGAAUGAGUUUCCUCUAAGAAACAAGCAAGUAAAGCAAAGAGCAGAUGAAUGCAUCAGAGCCUUGGAUAUUCUCUUUGACAUCAAUUCAGGAAAGUCAGUUGAGAACGUCUUACAGUCCAACUUUGAUUUGUCAACAAUGGAGAAUUCCAUGGACUUGUGUAGAAUAGCGGUUAUGGGGCAUUCCUUCGGAGGCGCGACAGUGAUCGAAUGUUUGUGCAAGGAUGUCAAAUUCAAGUGUGGCGUGGCACUGGACUCCUGGAUGUUUCCCUUGGAUGAGGAGAUCUUCCCAGGAGUAAAGCAGCCAAUCUUUUUUAUCAACUCUGAAAAAUUCCAGUGGAUUGGGAAUAUCAUUCGUAUGAAGAAGCUGGACUCUGCCAUGAUUCCCAGAAAAAUGAUAACCAUCAAGGGGACAGUUCAUCAGAGCUUCCCAGAUUUUACAUUUCUUACUGGGAACUGGAUUGGAAAGCUCCUGAAACUGAAAGGAGAGAUUGAUCCAUAUAUAGCCAUGGAUCUUUCCAACAAAGCAACUUUGGCUUUUCUUCAACGCCACUUAACUCUGGACAGAGACUUCAAUAAGUGGGAUUCUUUAAUUGAUGGAAAAGAUGACAACUUGAUUCAAGGAACCAAUAUUGUUAUACCACAAUCAUCUAUGUAAUCGAGUAACAUGAAAUGUUUUAUCAGUACAAUGAUUAUGUAAAGUGCAAUGCAAAUGUAAAGGCAAAUUCACAUGAAACAGAAUCAAGUUAAAUGAGUAAGGGCCAAUCUAUUUUGAAAAUUAAAUAAGAGACUUAAUAUUGAAUGCGGUGUACGAGUACGAUUGAAUUUGGAUUAUGGAUUAGAUACAGUGAUCUUACGUAAAUUACAUUUAGUAUUUUUUAAACGGGGAAAAAACUUCAGGAUUUCUACCAGCUACAUUGCAAAACAGUGCAAUAAAUGUAACACCUGUUAUGUGCCUUAAUGUUUUACAGCCAUGUAAAGCAGAGGUUUUUAUAUCAAUUUUCAGUGGAUUCUAACAUUACAAGGAGGCAGUUAGCAGACAACCAUUUACAAACACCAUACUGUGAAAUGUAUUCAGCAUAGCAUGUUUAUAUGUUACCAUAUAUUGACAAUUUUACAUCAUAGAAAAAAAACCUUUUUAGAGUCUACGAUCAACUCUGGAUCUGUAACUAAAAUCUGUGACUUCCUGAUUUGUAAGUUAUUGAAAUCAAUUUUUACACUACUCUGGUCAGUAAGAAAUUUAAAAACUUGUGUAGGAUUUCAAUAUUUCUCACUGGAUUCCAGCACAGCCACAAAAUGCACAAUUUUUCUUAUGUAUUUGUGAUUGUUUAUUAAACAUAUCUUACCUUUG